UCUUCCUCAACUUCUUCUGGCUCCGGCUCGGCGUUUCCCGCCUCAGAAAGUCAGGCUUGUUAUCCUCCGGCUGCUCCUGAAGACUUGCGUCCUCUGAUCUCCUUCCUCCGGACUGCAGCGAGGGCCAGAGGACGUCACACUGGGACGUUCUUCGAGCUCUCGGCGACACAGCCAGCUGGAGGCAGCCCUCGGAGGGGACGGUUAGAAGGUGGUCUCCCUCCCGCGGACCCCGUGUGCCGGAGGAAACCCGGAAUCCUCAGCCUGGGGCCGAGAAGCUCUAUGGAUCAUGGAAGUGAGCACACUUUUGCGCCCUAGAAACGUUGGAUGAAACAAAGAAUGGAGAAAGGGACAAUGAGUCCACACACACGCUCUCUGAAGACAUACAUAGCACUCAAGACUGUUUGCUAGGAGAUAUCAACCUUGGGAAUUACUCAGAGGGUGUACAGAAUCAACCAGCUAACACUAGGGUUUCUUCCUUGAGACAAUUUGAACCCAUUUGCAAAUUUCACUGGAUAGAAGCAUUUAAUGAUGAGAUGAUAUUUCAAGACCUGAGCGAGGCCUUUCCUUCCUUGGAGAAGCCGGAGCUGCAAAGCCAUGAGUAUAAUACAGCGGACACCGGUGAGAAGCCCUAUGCACUUAAGGGAGAGAAUCCGAUGGAAACUAGGAUUUCCGAAAACCAAGACCAACUUGUUCACGAGCACGUCAGGAAAUCUAGAAGUCUGUCUCUGAACUACCACAGAGGAGAGACACAGCCGUUGAUGGAGAAGUCGCUGGCUAGAAGCGCUGUCGUAGAUGUCGCCUUCAGCACCAGUCAGCCCCAAAGCUUUCUGCGUAGAGAAAAUGUCUCCGCUAGCGGUGAAAGUUCAUUUGAUACCGAGGAUUGUUUAGACCAGCUUGACUUGAGAACUGAUCAUGAAAUAGAGGAGCCUGAAGUUUCUUCAAAAGAAAUACAGCAUUCUGGGGAGAUUUCCGAGAUGUCCGUUAGUCAUCAGCAGCAAGUCACAGAAGACGGUGUAGACAGCCUCGCCAUAACUCCUUGGUCUCCAGCGGGCAUCUUCAAGAGUACAUCUCAGGACAACUGCACGCUGCCCGAUAGGGAGCUAAGCCUGGAAAGCUUGGAGCCCCUGGAAGAGGAAAUGGCUUUAAAUGAAGCCUUUCAGAGAUUAAAACAAAUUAACAAGAAACAAGAAAUGCAGAUUCAAGAGCUCCAUGGUAGGAAUUCGUACCUAGAAAACAGGGUUAAAGAACUACAGACGAAGAUCACCAAACAGCACGUAUUGGCUGACAUCAUAAAUAAACUAAAGGAGAACAUUGAGGAGUUAAUUGAUGACAAAUACAACGUACUCCUGGAGAAGAAUGAUAUCAACAAGAAAUUCCAGGAUCUGCAGGAGGUUUUGGCUAACACCAAAAAGCAUCUUCAGGAAUCCAAGAAAGACAAGGAGACCUUGCAGCUCCAGGUUAAAAAGAUCAAGACCCAUUAUGUCCAUUUACAGGAAAGGUACGUCGCCGAGAUACAGCAGAAAAACAGAUCGGUCAGUCAGUGCCUGGAGAUAGAGAAGACCCUAAGCAAGAAAGACGAAGAGCUGCAAAGACUACAGCGAUACAAAGGAGAGCUGGAGAAGGCCACCAGUUCCGCUUUGAACUUGUUGAAAAGGGAGAAGGAGACCCGCAAACAAGAGAUCUUGUCUUUUCAGGAGGAAUUCCAGAAGCGGGAAAAGGAGUACCUGAAAGAAAGGCGGAAAUUGAAAUCAAGAGUUGAGAAGCUGACGGCCCAAGUGAAGAGUUUGCUCUUCACCUUUGAGAAGGAGAGGGCUAAAACUGCGAAGUUCCAGCAGCAGGUGGAUGAGCUGGGACAGGAAAACACUGGGCUCCAGCAGCAGUCUGCAAAGGGGGAGGCGCAAACUUGCACCCCUAACUUUGAGAUAAUUCAGUCAAGGGAGCAGCUGGAGGAAGCGAUGGAGCCAGAUGGCACCCAGAUCACAAAGUUGGGGGGCCUUCUAGAGAGCAAAGAAGACCACUACAGCAGACUCAUCGAGGAGAAUGACAAGUACCGGAGACAUGUAGGCAGCUUAAUAAAUAAGGUAACAUCGUAUGAAGAAAUUAUCAAGUGUGCUGAUCAAAGACUUGAGAUAUCCCAUUCUCAGAUUGCACAUUUGGAAGAGAGAAAUAGACAUUUGGAAGAUUUAAUUAGAAUGCCUAAAGAGAAAGCCAGAAGGCCAAGGUAAGUUUUCAUUCCCUUUUUAAAAAUAUGUCUUUAAGAUAAAAUUAUUUCAUAUUUUUCUAGUAUAAAAUAUUGUUUGAUCCAAGUUUUCUUGUAGGCCUUACAGAGUGGCACAUAUCUAAAAUCCUGAGCUAUUCUGGAGGCUGGCCUACAAAGUUUAGCAAGAUACCGUGUCAGAAACAAGUUUUGUUUAUAUUAUUUUGAGAUGGUCUUAUGCCUGGGUUGACUGUUUUUUGAACAAUUUUUUGCUAUGCAGCACAGAUGACAAUACAAAAUCCUUCCCUAAGUGCUCCCAUGUUUUGAGAUUACAGGCAUGUUCCACCUACCAAGUUACAAGUUAGAAGGCCGCAGCCAGCCCUCAUAGCAGCUAUAAGCAAGAUACUGCAAGGGUUACGAACUGAGGUGCUUAUCCCCUUUUCCACAUCUGUAAACUGACUCCCUUCAGCAACAUGAAAUCUUAAAGUCUGUAAUUUUAGAAAGAGUCUUAGUUAUGCAGCCCAGUAGUCAGUCAUGUAACCCAAUGCUGCAGGACACAAACACAGUCUUUCAGGUUGACUGUCAGUACAGAGUUGGGUCCUAGUUUCAGCAGUACAUAUACUAAAACCGGAAAUUUAGGGAAAAAAAUCAGUUACAUGAUCACUUUGCAAACACUAGUUUAAUUCCGUUCAGUUUUGAUUUCCAAAACAGCCUGAAUUUU